CUGGUGUGGGCUGACACCUGGUGGAGAUAAGGGGGUACAGCAGCUACCUUUGUCUCUACUCACUGAGGCAUUUAAGUAACAGUUACUGUAACCCUCAGGGCAAAUUACAUAUCUGUCAAUUGGGGUAAAUUAUACGAUCACCUUUUAAAAUGUUUAAUCCACCGUAUGCAUGAACGAUGCUAAAACUAUCUUUGCUUCAUGUGAAGUUCUUUGUGCUUUCAUUCACCCAGCAGAGGUCGUCCUUACAGGCCACUCAUUUUGACUUUCUCCCGACAAUUAACAGCAGCGAGGCUAAUUUCCGCGCUUUGACCAAGAGGGUGUUACACUUCAAAUUCACCACCCACCAGCUCGCAUCCUCGCAUCUGUGGCUAAAGGUAACGCGAGCGCCCCUAAAUGUCUGCCGUCCAUCAGGAGCAGGUCUGUCUCAGGCAGUUUACCACCAACAUCUAAAUGUCAAACCUUUGGCAAAGUGUGUGCGCCGCCCUGCGCCACACGGUGCUGAUGGGUGGACCGAGCAGAGCGGAGUGAUAGGGCGCAUUUCUUAAUUUCCCUUCAACGGCGCUCUCCCCCACCUCCACCCAACCCUCCAGCCCUGGACACACGACGAGACCGCGGGACUGCCGUGUCUCCCGUUCACACACGAGGAUUGAUCCAAUGUAUUAUUUACGACCGAAACUUCAGCAACUUAUCCACUGGAUAUGGCUCCCGGUUUGAGGAGUGGGCGGACUGGUCACUUGAAAGUGGUGGGAGCCGGCGGAGCGGAACCCGGUGGGUGCUCGCCGCAAAAGACGGAUGUCGUGAGGAGAUGUUUGAGGACCAGGUGGCGAGCCGGGGCGGCAGGGAUGCUUGCAAACUGUCUGCUGUCUGUGGGAAUGCUUUCACUUCUUGUCCGGUGCAGCUUGGCCGCAGAGGAAAAACCUACCUACGAUGCCUCUGGCUCCUCGUCUUUACAAAGCGACCCCGCAGCCACAGCUGCUCCUGCUCAACGAUUGGCUGACCUGUCAGUGGCGGAAGACGUGCCUUUCUCAGUCAUCCAUUCAGAUGGUGACUCUGAAGGGGAAGGUCUAUCAGGGCAGCCUGCCUUUUCUUCUGUCUUAACUGUCAUGGCAGGAACUGUCAAAAAUCCGAUUAGCCUUGAUCAAACCUCGCCAACUAUCACCAGGGACGAGAUCCACACCACCCAAAGGCCUUCACAUAGUUCCAGCCAUGGCUCAGAGAUGUCCUCCUCAUCGUCCUCUGUGGGAGAUAGGAUCCUCCCUGCCAGCUCAGGUCUGAAUUCCAACAUGUCUCACCAACACACCACACCAUCUCUGGCUGUUAUCAUAGCAUCGACGGAUUCUAGGCCAUCACACAUGUCCCUUAUUGAUGGAAACAAGAAUAUCUCAUUGUUUUCACCAUCAGCAGCACCAUCUUCACUGUCAUCAUCAGUGUCUCCAUCAGCUUCGUCCACUUCCUCUGUGUUAUCAUCCAAAGUGUCUCUAUUGUCUUCUGCUAGGUGGACAAACAAAGCUAUUUCUUCUUCUCAGAGACAAAAGAUUGUGCCCAGCCUUGCCUCUCAGAUGGAAAUGGCAACAUUAUCACCAACAGGGUCUCUGGGUUGGACAGGCAGUCUAAUGACCACACAAUCCACCACCCAUCCUGUUGUUUCUCUAACAGCUGUUACACAGGAACUGCAAAGCGUAACGAACAAACCAUCAUACUUUCCAAAUGAGACUGAAUUGACAAAAUACCCAUUACAUUCACCAGUGGAGUGGAGUGAGAGUGGAACAUACAUAAGGCAUGCAAGCACAAAAGUAAUCAAGGCACCAGCGACUAGCACAUAUACAUCACAUUCUACUCCUAACCAUGGACAAAAUCUUUUAACGAUUCUAUACAGACCCACUCAAGCCCAAAACCUAGGUAUGAAUUCUGUAUCGGCCAGUGAUCUCGAAAUGAGCACCUCAUUUCCCACCAAACAAAAAGAGAGACAAGCUGUUCUAAGAGAGCAGGGAGCUUUACGAAAUCCUACAUCAGCACUACUGUCUGUCCCUCCUAAAGGUUAUUUAGUUUCUAGUCAUGUCACACAGCAGAUGUUAAAUCCAGUAACAUUUGCACAUAGUCAGACUAUGGUUCAUAAAAGCAGUGGCGAUGCAAUCACAUCUCCUCUACAUUCACACAUUGUAAAGCCAACUGAAUCACCAGCAAUGAUUUUCAGGCCCACUGCAUCAUUUUUUACAGUUUCGUCCCAGACUCGACCAGGUAAAACCUCUCCCUCUGAAACUGCAAUCACUAAGCUAACACCUAUCCACUCUGGCACGGUGUACUCAGAGCAUGCAUCUCAUCCUGGUGAUUUACUGAUGGCAAUGGGUCAUGGCAGCCACAGAGUUCCUGUCAUCAAUAUUAAUUACAACCAGGGAGUGUCAGCAGAAGAAGAGCUCAAAUCUGUUUCUACUCAAAUUCACCUUAAUAGCUCACUUUCAUUCACACAGCCGACACUGGAGUCCAGCACUGGUUUCAUCACCAGUUCGAUCACCAGGACAGGAACAACCUCCUCCACAUCAGAAACAGAUUCCCGUCAAGUAAUGCCAAGUAAUGCGGUCGUAAACACUGAGAAUUUAGUAAGACAGACAAGGUCUCCCCAAGGCAUAACUCAGGAGUCUUCAGGAUGGUCAAUGGCAAAAAUGAUAUUUCCCUCCAACAGUACAGUGUCUCACUCUGGAUCAGCUUUGCCAAAGAAUAUAACCUAUCAAACCAUGUAUGAAGGUCUUUCACACCCCACUAUGCGGACAUACUUACCACACUUGUUAGUCAGCCUCAGCCCAAACCACAACAAUGCUGAUCAUAACACUGGCCUUUCUGCCAAUAGUGAGGUUAAUUUUGCAGACCAAGCCAAAGCCUCAUUAUCCUCCCAGACUACCCCCUCACAAAGAUCUUUUCAAACAAGAUCUUUUCUUGCAUUUUCCCCCAGGUUUUAUAAACCGUCUGGUCUAUCUCCACCUCCAAGUAAAUAUCACCAGACAGUAUCACCUAUCCUAAAACCCGAGACAACUGGCCACAGUACGUCUUUGAUUUUUGAGGUGGAAACAAAUGCAGGAAAGACUAAAACAUCAGCAACACAGACAUAUGGAAAGAGGCCUGCUGAGGGCCUGCACAGAAAUGCUACAAAGAAUUCAGUUGCUCCUUUAUUUGAUGGAAAUGAAGAGUCGACUCUAAUCAUAGACACCGCUUUUAACAAGAAGGGUGUUCCAUCAGGGCAGUUCACAACACAGUUUCCAUCUUUCAUGACUACAAAAGAUUUCUUUGUGUUGAAUAAAGCCUCUGAAGGUUCUGGCAAAGGAUUUCCCUCUGAAAUCCCCCUUUCUGCAUUACCUUUUGAUGCUGCAUUAGAAACUCUUAAAAGCCUUUCUCAUAAAGAUGAUGUGACACUCUCGGGCCGUUACGAGCAAUCUUCUCCUUCCUCGUCAGAAAUCAUCCUAACACGACGAACGAAUGCUACUCCUCACUCUCCAGGAUCAGUCACCAGUAUGGGAACAGGUAAAUCAAAUUUUUAUUUAGGCACACACACAAGCAUUCCCUCCACUGCUGCAACUACUUCCACAAGUGAUGGACAAAACAGCAGUGAAACGUUAAGUGCUCUUCACAGCUUUGGCACAAAAAUAAUGGCACAGUAUGCAAAGUGGAAAACAACCAAGUCUUUGCAAAGCACUACCUCUGAAUUAGAAAAAGCAUCUACUGCAUUUGAUAGGAUAAAUUCUAAUUUGCCAGCAGAUGGACCAUCAUAUGAACAUCCAAAGCUGGAAGACGGAAAAGAGCAUGAUGUGCAUAUAUUGACUUCAGCUGAUCCAACUGUGAUCGCCAGUGAUCCAUAUUCACUUUAUGCAACUGUUGGAGAACACCCACCUUUUACACAUGUUAAAGGAACUUUUGAAGAAAAAGAACAGAGUCUGAAUUUGUCCCCAACUAAUGUCAGAUCUGCUGUGGCUGUCAGUGUAAAGCAUGAAUCCACUGUAAACACUGCUGCUCCAUCAGCACAGGGUUCAGACGGUUUUCUGCCCCUCUCUCACAUAACUGCCGAUUCUGUAACAUCUUCACAGGCAUCUUCUCUGGCACUGGUGUAUAAGAGCGAGCGCAGCCCCCCUACGGCAGACACUGACUCUCUCGAAUCUGCAUUUGAUUCUGCUGUGACACUGCUUUCAAACGACUCUGCUGUCAGUUUCUCUGACACUGAGACUAUCAAUAACAAAACUGAUUCAAAACCGAGGUCAGUAACCCUACCAACAGACCUGGUGCCAUCAUCUUCUUCUUUUCGUUCAUCACCAACACCACUUUUAUACAUUAGUGUCAGAGAUUCCCAGACGUCCUCCUUACAUACGACACCCCCCACUUCAGUGAUUUCUAAAGUUUCAUCAUCAUCAUUGUCUGCGUCAUCAUCAGCAUCACAUUCUGGUACAUUUGUGUCAGUCAGACCAACAGUGCAUCCAAGCACUGCACCAUCCUCUGUGCCUGUCAAAACUGUAGCAGCCACUUCUCCAUCUCCAUCACCAAGUCUGACCUUAUCUAUCGAUUCUGAAGAAGUGACUGAGACCUUUGUUGUCCUUACAGAGACAGGGACAGAUGAGUUAGCAGCUGGAACAUCCAGAGCAGAUGCGCUCACUUUCCCCAAAGAAAAAGUGGCCAGUCUAGCCCCCUCUCAAUCAGUCAGAAUUACCCUUUCUGCUGGGCCCACCGAGAGGACAUCUCAGGUAUCACCUCUCCCCCCUCGACAGGACACCACAACAGCCUCUGUCAAGCUUACCACGACGACUGUAGUUUCAACCACCAAAAUUAAAAGCCCCACCACUACCACGUCUUCCUUGAGAACCACUCAGUCUACCACCAUGGUCACACCACAGCCCACACCUAUGACCAGGAGAACAACCAUCACUACAACCAUCAGGACUCAGACCAGCAGGAGAACGUUCACACCACCUGUCCCCAGAACGAGUCCUCCCAGGGGGGGCACUGCCAUCUUCAUUUCUCCUUUUACCACCACCACAGAGGCUCCACCACAGCUUUGCAACAUCACAGAGAGACUGUGGGUGAAAACAGUUGUUUCCAUCUAUGUGAGAAGAAACAGAUUGGACAGCAUUCAAAGGCAGAACCUGCGAAGGGGACUAAGUCAGGGCCUCCGAAAAGCUCUGAAUGAUAGUUCAGCCCAGGCUCAGGUGGAGACAGUAUUCGGUUCUCCCAACAUGACAGUGGCUUAUCACGUGACUGGAGGGGACAUUGUUUACCCUCCCUCUGUAGUGCUGGAAGGCUUGGACUCCUACGGCCGUGAUAAGCUCAUUGCAGACCUGAGACAGUACCUCCCCAUGGUAACGGCCCUGCCCAUCCCAGUUGCAUCAUGGAGAACCAUCCCAGCCACUGGCUUCCAGCUGAAGACAGUGCUGCAGUUUGUGGGAGCAGGUGAUGAUCCUCGGUCCUGUCGGUUCUCCCAAAUGAUGGAACAGAGGCUUGAAAGGGUGUUCUCUGAAGCGCAGGCCAAAGUGCUUAACACCAAUGGCAGACUCUCUGUUCAGAUGCUGAGUGUCUCCCAGGCUGCAGCCUCUCCUGCUGUGUCAUUGGUCUACACUGUGAGGAAUGGGACUGUCUUCCUUAAUGGCACCACUGCCUCAAACAUCCUUGGCCAGCUGUCAGCUGAGCUGGUGGGCUACUUCCUCUUCUAUCCGCCACUUAUAAUUGCUGAGCCAAUGGAGUACCACAAUCUGAACACCUCAAUUGCUACCAGAGACUUCUGGGUUAUUACAGUGAUCCAGGACGUGGAUAACGCCAGCUUGGAGGGACAGUACCAAAGCUUUGCCAGUCUAAUGGAGCAGCGGCUGGCAGAGCUGUUCGUGUUGGCAGGGCAGCAGGGCACUCGUUUCAGACGAGCCACUGCUGUAGGCAGCUACACUGUCCAGAUGGUGAGCAUCCGUAGGGUGGCCGGCGUGAAGAAUCCAGCAGAGAUGACCUACUACGUCCAGCACAACGGUAUUCCUCUAUCGGGCACGACAGCUGCCAAAGUUCUGAACACUGUGGAUUCUCAGACCAUGGCGCUCACCCUGGGCUACUUUGUCCAGCUGCAAGCAGAACCUGUGGUCAAGAACCCUCCUAAUAACCUCUGGAUUAUUGCUGCGGUGUUGGCCCCCAUAGCUGUCGUAACACUUAUUAUAAUCAUCAUCACAGCUGUACUAUGCAGGAAGAAUAAAAAUGACUUUAAAGCUGAUGCCAUCGGCAACCUCAAUCCUCGAGCCAAGAUGGCUUAUCGGAGAGACGUGGGCUAUUAUCACCAGCCAGUCCAGGGUUUUGACUAUGCCAAGCAGCACCUGGGCCAACAGGGAGGGGAUGAGGAGACUCUGCCUGUCACUCAGGAUACCUUAGUGAUGUCCCUACAAAUUCGGGACACACCACUUUCACUAGAAAAGGCCCUUCAGCAAGAUGGAACUGCAAACAAGAAAGGGGUCACUGCUGACAAACACAAAAGCAAGUUACCGAGUGAGGACGGUUCCGUCAUCAGCAACGAAUCAGAGAAGCUGAAAUCCGGCAGGGGCUUGACAGCACUGAAAGUCACAGCACAGCAGAAACUGACAAAGGAGGAGACGCGCAAGAGGGAUGAUCCAUAUGACACCUCCUCUGGCUCCCUGCAGCUCAUUUCCAUAAAGCCCAUGGUGGCUCAACCCAACUACUCACACCCUGCAUCUUCUGACCGCAGCCAGGACUCGGCCAUCAUCAACGGAGAGGUGAACUUGGCUCUGAAGCAGAAGUCAGACAUUGAGCACUACAGGAACAAGCUGAGACUGAAGGCUAAGAGGAAGGGCUAUUAUGACUUCCCCUCUACCGAUGGCAGCAGCAGUGGUAGGGCCCUGGCGCAGAGGCAGCAGCACGACCAUGAGAGGGCAGCUGGUGAGCAUGGCAGACCACUGGAGCCUGAUGAUGAGCGAGGUUCCACUUAUGUCAAGUCUCACAGGAGGCACUCCCACGUAGGGCAGACGGCCUAUCGCAGCAGACAGAGUCUGAGUAGCCCCAGUCCUGGAGGAACAGAGAUGGACCUGCUUGUUAUGAGGGAGAGACCCAGGAGAGGCAUUCGCAACAGCGGUUAUGAUACUGAACCGGAGUUGAUUGAGGAGACAAAUGUUGACCGUCUUAUGAGGCCGAGGGCAUACGUGUAUGGCCGGGGCUUGAAAGGCCACUCAGAGACGUCCACUCUGAGCUCACAGCCGUCUAUUGAUGAAGUGAGACAGCAGAUGCACCUGCUGCUGGAGGAGGCAUUCAGCUUGGCUUCAGGGGGCCAGUCUACAUCUGGAAGGCACUCGCAUCACCACCACCCACCUCCUGACCACUACAGCCAUGCACCGCCUCCCCUCCCUUACGCAGACAUGGUGACCAGUGCCCCAGGUACAAUGAGCUGUGGACGGAGAGGCCUGCAGUGGGUACCAUCUUAUGGCGCAGAUGUAUAUCAAUGCAGCUUGCCCAAACCAGCCUUUCAUUUCACCCAGCUCCCUGAGAUGGCCAUGAGUUCUCCACCCCCUUUACCGCCUCGUACUGGACCUCCUCCUGGGACCUCCUUAAGACGUUCCACUUCUGACUUGGGGCCUAAGGGAAGGAGCUCAGAGACAUCUGGCACUGAAAUGCAGAGUCAACAUGACAACAACCCAUAUGGGCCAACUUCUAGAGCUGCACUUCCAUCUAUCACUGCAGAACAGUCCAUGUCCAACUACUCAGGAAACCCAAUAACAGCUGUCUACGCCAUACCAGCCACCAGGCCCGGCUACUCAGAAUACUUUGUCUCCACACCACCCACCUCCUAUCACAGUCCCUCCUGGAUGUCCUAUCCACCUGAGCCUGAGGAUGUGCCGCCACAGUGGGCAGACUCUUUGCCCCUGCCUGGGUAUGUAGAGGCUUUUCCUCAUCCUCGAUACCCACAGGGGAGCCCCUCCAGGCUUCCCCUGCAGUAUAACCAGACACUGGAGCAGCCACCCACUGCCCCUAGCACAGCAUCCCAGCAAAGCCCGCCCCAGGUGGUGAAGGACAUGGACAGCAUGCCCCUGAGCAGCCUCUCCACCUCUGCACUCGUGCAGGCUAUCCGGCAGGAGGUCGCCAAGCUGGCGAAGAAGCAGAAUGACAUGUUUGAGUUCUAGUUUUAAUUCUGCCCCCUUGUGUGCAGGAGAAGGUUAACUGUGCAUUCAUCUUUGAAAGAGGCACACA